AGGAGGAGGAGGUGUUGCUAUUGCAGAGCCUCCACACAGCGAACCUCGGCCCACUUUACAUACACAGGAGGACGCCACGGAUGAAAACCAUCCUCAGAGGUCACAGACACGUGUGAAAAGUACCAUGUCUUCUCCCAGUGCCACCUCCAACCCUCUGAGCAUCUUGGCGAGAAAGAGGAAGACCAAGAAAAAGCACUUUGUUCAGCAGAAGGUGGAGGUUUUCCGAGCCAGUGACCCCGUGCUGAGCGUGUUGAUGUGGGGAGUAAAUCAUUCGGUGGGUAUGUGUUCUGCUUUCAUGAGCCCAACGUGUGUGCCGGUUCUAUGAAUAUCUUUAUUAACUAUUUAUCCAUUGAUCAUGCCCAGAUUAAUGACCUGAGCCAGGUGCCCGUACCUGUCAUGCUGCUGCCAGACGACUUCAAAGCCAGCACCAAGAUCAAAGUGAACAACCACCUCUUCAACAAGUACUGUACCCCUCUCUGCUAACCUGCUGGGACCUUCAUCCUGCAGCUCUCUGACAUUUUUUGUGUCUUAUGAAGCUAUUCUUUGGCUUUUCUGUGCUUAACAAGAACCUCACCCUUCAAAAGAAAAGCACAAUUUUCUAUUCAAAAAGUGUCCUCUAUAUAUUUGUAAUGAACAACGCAAGCAUUCAUUACAAUAACAAAGACAGGCAGAGGAGAAAUGCUUUAGGUUUCAUGACUGGUACAAGAUACAGGAGUUUGAAAUGGGGCUUUAUUUUCUUCAAGGAAGUUGUGUAAAGGGUGUUUGAGAAAAACAAGAGAAAUGAGCUAAUAUGAUGUGUCAUAAAGUGUGUAGGGGUAUAAGGGAAAGAUUAGAUCAUUAUUUCUGAAAGUACACUUUGUAUUGCCCUUGAAGUUCAUAUUCUAUAGGGAUUGAGACCAGAAAACUUGAGUGGCUCUCAAUAAUCCUUUAAUCCAUUCAGGAAUCCAGGUUUUGUAGGGACUUACAAACAGAGGUGGGCAGAACAAUAAAAUAUGUUUUUCACGUCACCGUGCUGUUACUUUACUAGGUUUCAUUCAAGUGUUGUUCAUGUUACUUGAUGUGAAAACUUUGUAAGUCCCACUUUAGAUAAUUAAAAAGUUUGCAGACUUUACAACACAUUUCUACUGAAUGCAUGUAAAUGUAUAGAUUUGUGGCAUUGUGGUACAAAAAGUACUUAAAAAUGUCGCUGGAUACAUUUGUAGCUGGUUACUAUAGCUGCGUUGUUUUUUUUAAUUUAUAUCAAAUCUACUUAAAGCUCCUGUUAGGUACAUUUUUGCAUCCCCUGAGGAUAAAAGUCUUUGCUUAUUUUGUUGUUUAUCUGCUUGAGUUGUGAAUUUUUCCACAAAAACAAGUCAAAUACAUCAUUUACUGUGAAUACUUUAAAAUUAGGGCUGUUUCUGAAGCCACAACUGUCUGAUACCUACCCCCCUUGCACCAGUGUUGUGCAAUUCUUGAUGGUGUCGUUUGCUUUUGGAUAUCAUGAAAAGGCAUCGAUAUGAAUUUCAGACUAUUUCAUAAGUAUACAUAAAAUCCUUAUAGGAGCUUUAAAAUUGUCAUUUUGCAGUUUUAUGCAUAUUCAGCAAAUACAUAGGUAUUCUCCAUGGUACAUUACAUUUCAUCACUGAACCCAGUCACUCUCUCCUUGGCUGCUGCCACAUAGUUAAGGAUGUUUUUAAGGCAGAGCUAAGAGAGCUGCACUUGUAGAGAUGGUGAGAGAGUAAUCUGAAAGAAAAACUACCUGGUCACAUUAUUGAUCAGUCAACCUAAGCGUCACUUUUUCUGCAUAAGUCAGAUUAGUUGAAAUAGCGGUACACAAUGAUUAACACAAACAUAAAUACAGACAUAUAUCUGAUUAGCUUAUAAUAGCCCACUAAUCUUGACAGCUGGUGUAUCAGCCAGGCUCCACAUAACAGUACGUUUUUUUAUAGUUAGUCUUUUGAUAUCAUGAUUUUAAGAUGUUCCCUUUACCUUUACCUUUAGUCAAGUAUAAUUUAUGUUAAAUUUUCCUCACGUCGAUAGACAUGUGCUGGUGAAAUGCUCUUUAAAGUAAAUCCAGCUGUAUUAUUCAUAACUCAUGUGUCUAAACUGGUUUCCUUCACAGAGAGAACCUUCCUGGACAGUUCAAAUUCAAAGACUACUGUCCACAGGUGUUCAGGAAUUUGCGCGAGCGUUUUGGAAUUGAAGACCAAGAUUACCAGGUAAAUUACUCCACUCAAAAGAAGCGUUUAAUCAUGCACAAAAAACAGACUUUUUUUUAAUUUAAGGUUGGGUAAAGUGUUAAAAAACACACACUGGCUUUUGAAAAUAGAGAGUGUCCAAGGUUUUCCUUUGUGUUAUUUUCCCUUUUCAAAACCAGACACUUGUCUGAAUGAAUUGAUCUGCGCCCUUCAAAAUUUGCAUUCCUUUGUGUAAUGUUUGCAUGCGCCAGGUGGCACACAAAGUCAUCAUCCGCUCUGCUCUGAGCACAUUUGCCUAGAACAUGAGUGUUUUAUAUGAGGAGAGUACCUGCACUUUGUGCCAGUUAAGGUUUUCCUUCUGCACGGCAAAAAAAACAGAUGAAAGAAUGGUCUUAAAAACACGAAUGAAGAAGAAGAAGAAGAACUUUAUUGAUCCCUGAAAGGAAAUUCAGUGGUGGUGUGUCAGGAUAAAAUCUAGCUUAUCAUACUCAUUUGUAAUCAUCCUAACACAAGUGUAUACACUACAUCUUCUGUAUGCAUUAUGAAUUGUAUUUCAGUGAAAAUGUGUAAAUGUGUAGUGGAUUUAAAAGGUUGUCAGAUGUUUGCAGUGCUCAGAAUCAAAGAUACCAUUCCUUCUCUCACCAACAGGUGUCUCUGGCCCGCAGUCCUUUAUUUAAAGAUGAGGACGGCCAGAGUGUGGGGCUGCUGUUCUCAUCAUAUGACCGCACCUUGGUAGUUAAAGAAAUCUCCAGUGAGGAGGUGGAGGAAAUGCACAACAUCCUCUCUGAGUAUCACCAGGUAUGACUACCACAGAGUGGGAAGCUUCUGUUUCUCAGGUGGAAAAAACAUAACCUUUAGAGUUCAUCUGUUUUCUAGUCUGCAAUUACCCCACUCAUCCAAAAUUUCUGCAUUCAGAUUCUAUGAGUCAUAUACAGUGUUUUCUGCCCUUUCUGUCAUGUGUCUUUUGUCUGCUGUUGGAGAAAUUUGCCCUUUUUGUGAUAACCCUGGUUGCCAUAGCAAAGGUUUCAUAACAUCAAAGCUGAAAGACAAGCGUUUGAAUUCAAAACAGAGACUUUUUCUUCAGCAAGCACCUUUUAUGAUUGUGUUAAAUGUGAAACUGACUAAGAGCAAGAAAACAUUUUUAGGACUGUUAGUACUCACAGAAAAAUAGAGAGCAGACUAAAAAGAUGUCAGAGCAAGAUGCAUUCUGUAAAGACAUGAACUAAACAGAGAGCGACACAUUACUUUUACGUGCUAAAAUAUCAAAGCAGCAAAUGUAGAAAGCAGAUCUCCAAAUGUUUUGGGAACUGUCUUUGUUCUGGUGCUGUAGUGAAAGUGGAAUUUGCAUUUGUUUUGUCCUCGUAGACUUUUAUCACGGCAGACUCUUGAUUUGCCAUAAUGAGAAAUGCACAGGUGUCGCCUAAACCACAAACCAUGCCUCGGCUCCAUUCAAGUGUCCCUGUGAGCCGUAAUAAUGAGUCAGCAGGCACAUUACCAAGCCAUGCAGUUGAAUGGAAAUCAGUCAUUGUCAAAUGUUAUGUAGUACAUCUGUGGAUCUCUAAUGAUACAUGUUAAAAAAUGUUUUAAUGUAACACAGCGAUGGCCAAAUUAAAAUAUUUGUAUUUUCAAAGACAUUACAGACUUAUCAAAUUCCCCCUUGGGGACAAAUAAGGUUCUUCUUAUCUUACCUUUUCUCCAUAAGACCCAUAAAUAAACAAAGAGAAAAAAGGAACCCUGAUAAAGGCCCAUUUAUCAACACAUGUUGCAUAUUGCACAUGCACCGUUUUGCAUGUUUUCACACUUCUGCCCCCUAUAGAAUAUAAGACGUCCCUCCACUGUCUUACUAAAGGUCCAAACCUGUACAGGAUGCCUAGUAACCUAGAUAAGUAUUUUGGUUCAAACUAUUCCCAUGGUGUCCAUUUUCCUCUGAUGUCACAUGCAGGGUAGGAUUGUCAUGUGUUGUAUAUUUGUUGUAUAAAUGUGUUCCAGGUUUUGCUAUUUUAUUAAAGCUCCAGUGAGGAUUUUUCUGUUUGUUUUGGUGCCCCCCUGUGGACAAAGGGGUAGCCCUAGUAUAAUUGUUAUUUCAUGUCAUCCUUCUGUAAGUGGUGUUAAAACAUCCCCUGUUCUCAUUUCACAGUGUAAAUUUUUCACUUAAUGUAAAUUUUUAAAAGUAGCAGAGGCUGUUUCUUUAGUGUAUCCGCCCCGACACAGCAGUUAUAGACAUCAAUAUUUUAACAUAGAAACAGUCAGACAGUUGACGUUAGCCUUACUUCAUCUCCUAGAUAAUGUUGCUGUUACCUGAGAAUCGAGGCUUUUAGUAACACUAAAGAUUUUUUUUUUUUGUUUCAAGUUUUAAUGAAGUUGUAAGGCUAGCUAGCAAGUAGAUAAAUGCUAAAAUAAGCUGUAGUUGAAUAUGAUGUAUUUAACUGAAAUAUGAGGAUUACCUUUGGGUGUUUAUUUGAUUUUCCCAGACUGAUAAAUGACAAUAAGACAAUAUUACAGCAGCUGAACUACCAAAUCUGAGUAUGACAUCCAAAUAUACUGACCCCAUUGACACAAUAUCCGCCAUCGCGAAGAACUUCUUCUGACUCAUUUUAAUAGCAAGAAUAAAGCAAGUCAAAUACACAAGCUAGAUGUGAAUAUUGAAUUGAAUAUUCACAUCUAUUGAAUCCAAUCACAAUUGAAUUGAUUGAAGUAUAAAAUAAAGCCAAGGAUACUGUCUCUUCAUGCUGCUGUGUUGACAUGUUUCCUUUCUGCUCCCAUCACUUAAUGUCCUCUCACCUCUCACUCUCUCGUCUAGCAUAUUGUCACCUGUCACGGCAACACGCUGCUCCCUCAGUUCCUGGCCAUGUACAGAGUCACAGUGGAGAGUGAAGACACCUACCUGUUAGUAAUGAGGAACAUGUUCAGCCACAGACUGCAUGUACACAGGAAGUAUGACCUCAAGGUAAAACACGCGGGAGUGUGAGGUCACAUUUGAUGACACUAUGUUGUGCUUUUCAUCAAUGAGGGCACUGAAGGGGUAAUCACACCCCAGGUAUCCUGCUUGGUUGGAAUCAUAGAUAAUGUUCAGUAUAAUAUUUGGUUACUUAGUUUAAUAUUUAGCAUGUGUCAGUGUGGUAUCUGAUGCUUUUUGUCCACUUUCUUUCGUCUUCCUCAGGGGUCUCGGGUGUCUCGUGAAGCAAGCUUUAAAGAAAAGGUGAGAUCAAGUUAAGGUGGUAUUACAAGCUGUAAUGUUAUUGUGUUUUUUUCUUGAAGCGAUGCUGUCACAUUUGCUUUUAGUAGACAUGUCUGUAAAAGUGUAAAAGAUAGUUUGCUUUGUUAGCCUAAAAGAGAAUGAGGCAUUUACCACUCACAUUAACCUACCAUUCAUCAUAAUCAAAGGCAAAAUAACAUUCUUAUUUUAAAUUAUCUAUCUAUCAUAAUUUAUCUUUACAUCAUAGAUUAAAUAAAUGAUCAUAAUUAUGGUGCUCUCUGUGGCCACACACCUCUAGAGCAUCCCCCACUAAUACUUUGAAAAGUCAGAGAACCAUAAUUUUGACCGGGUGGCGGUGCUCUCUGUGGCCCGAAAGGUCUCACCAUGCUGGGCAGGAGCUCUGGCAAAUGCCUCGGCAUUAACUCUGGAGCCUCCUGCUAGCCAGCCUGUCACAUAGUUUAAAUAAAGUUUUUAAGGUGAAGUAAAUUUGCACUUGUGCAGUUCGGAUAGCGACAGGCAGACAUUAAAAUGAAAAAACAAUUUCCCGUUUGGAACUGCAAUGAAAAUGCAAUUUGUAUUGUUUAUUCUUAAUUUUAUUUCUGAGUCAAAUUAGGCAGUUUUGACUUUGGAACGAAAAAGCCAUACUGCAAAUGCAUUAGAAUCAUUUUGGUACAUAUUUGCUGAGGCAUACUUUGAAAAUUAAAUCUCAAAUGACUUUUUCUUUUUCAUUUAAAUUAAGUUACAGAAUGAUCAGUUUUGAAAAAGAAAAAACAAUUUCAGUUCAGAUUAUUUAUUUUUGAUUUUAUUUAUGAGUCAAGAAGUGCAGGUACAUUCUGAAAAUGCAAAUGCGUUUCUGUUAAUCUGUUUUCAUUUGAAUUAUGAUACAAAUCUUCUCCCAUAUGUAAUAGCUUUAGUUUACAGGCGCACAUUUUAAUAGAGAACUAAGUAUUGAAAUGGUAUCAGUUGUUUUGUUGCUACAUAUAUUUUGAGAUGUAAAUUUUCUACAGUAGCAGGAACAGAUAACUGUGGUGUUGAAGUUACCAAGGUAACACAGAGACUAGAGAUGUCUGUGCUCGGAGCAUUGCAGGGUUUUCUGAAUGGAAGAAUUUUAUUCCAUUAGCAGGGAAAAGAGAAGAGUGUUUGUUUCCCCUUUGCUUCUGAACACAGCUUAUUGUUCUGUGUUGUAUCUUCUAUAAGGAAAACCUGAUGCGUGAGGGUGAAGACACAUAUUCAUUCUGUUUUCUCAUGAAAUCACAAUUCCUUUAUCCAACACAAUACAGCAUCGAGUGCAUCGUGGUAAUUGUUAACAGUUUUAGAAUAGGUGUCUCUAAAAAACAGUAAAAUAUAUUUUCAGCCACUCUGCUGGCUCCCUGAUUCCUGUUAGAUGAUUAGAAAUCGCUGUUCAAAAAGCAGAAAUGUGAAAACCUUAUCUCAUUCUGUUUGAUUUAUUAUGUUACUGAUUGUUUUCAAUGCUAAAAAAAAGAUCUGUUCCUCACACUAAAUAUAUUUUCAAUUAUUUUUGUCCCCAGGAGAAGGAACUGCCCACUUACAAAGAUGUUGACUUUAAGAAUAACAUGCAGAAGAUUUAUGUUAGCGACGAAGAGAAAGAGAAGAUCAUGGACAAGCUCAACAGAGAUAUUGACGUAAUGAAACAACCUUGAUGACGCACACUGCCAGUUUUUGUUUGUUUAUGUUUUGCCGAUGUAAUUUUUGUUUCCCUCUCCUGCAGUUUCUGGUGGAAAUGAGGAUCAUGGACUACAGUCUGCUGCUCGGUAUCCAUGAUGUGGAGCGAGCAGAGAGGGAAGAAGAGGAGGAGGAGAUGGAGUCAACUGAUGAAGAGGAAGAGGAGGAUGAAAACGGCCUGGUUCUCGCUCCUGGCUCCACCUCUCCUGAGGGUAUCAGUGGCUACAUGAACUGCUACAAACCCAUGGGACCUGGAGAGUUUGACCCGUACAUAGAUGUGUAUGCUAUCGAGAGUGCUAUAGGUGAGUUCAAUCUCUAAAACAUACAAGUUUCAUGCCAUGCGGGAGGACAUCAUACACCCAGAAGAGUACCACUAACCAGAUGCCAUGAAUUCCUCCAGGUGCUCCCCGCAGGGAGGUGUAUUUCAUGGGGCUGAUUGACGUGCUGACACAGUAUGACACCAAGAAGAAAGCUGCUCACGCUGCCAAAGCUGUCAAACACGGGGUAAGAGACCAGCGCUCUAUAAAGGGACUGGUUUAGCAUAUGCUGUCUUUCGAUCUCUGUUGUUUAAAGUGUGACAGGACGCUUUCAUGUCUAUCCAGUCAUCUCCUGACUGUGUGUCUGUGUGUGUUUGCAGGGAGGAGCAGAAAUCUCAACAGUUCAUCCAGAGCAGUAUGCGAAACGUUUCCGGGAGUUCAUCACCAAGAUCUUUGCCUAGUUAGCGGAUUCAAGGGAUAUUCCAGCAUAAAAUUAAGUUAGGGUCAAACACACCAUAACACCGAGUGAGACACCGAGAGAUGAAUGUUGCCGACCCCUUGUUUCUCCAUGUUUCUUUA